CACACCUCUUACUGUGAUUGGCUGCUCACUGCAAGAGUUCACUCCACUCAUUCGGAGGGCUGAAGGUGAAAAUUGCUCUUCUGUGUAUGCAGUUUUCCAUCGCGAUAAUGACAUCCAGUGCAAUUUACAGUACACGCACACACCUGUGCAGACAUCUGGCACAUAAAUAUCUGAGUAGGACCUACAGCACACGACCAUCUCUAAAUGAAGUUGUCAUCGUCAGUGCAGUUAGGACCCCAAUGGGGUCUUUCAAAGGAAGCCUUUCCACAGUACCUGCCACCAAACUCGGUUCCAUUGCUAUUAAAGGAGCCAUCGAGAAAGCAGGAAUUCCUAUGGAGGAGGUGAAGGAAGUUUACAUGGGCAAUGUGUUGCAAGCAGGAGAAGGACAAGCACCAGCCAGACAAGCUGUUCUGGGUGCAGGUCUCCCUCUGUCCACUGAGGCAACUACCAUCAAUAAAGUGUGUGCCUCUGGGAUGAAGUCCAUCAUGAUGGCCGCUCAGAGUCUCAUGUGUGGCCAUCAGGAUGUGAUGGUUGCUGGUGGAAUGGAAAGCAUGUCUCAGGUUCCGUAUGUCAUGGCCAGAGAAGCGCCCCCUUAUGGUGGAGUGAAGAUGGAGGAUCUGAUUGUUAAGGACGGUUUGACAGACGUCUACAACAAAUUCCACAUGGGCAACUGUGCUGAAAACACAGCCAAGAACAGCAGCAUCUCCAGGGAGGAGCAGGACGCAUUUGCCAUCAACUCUUACAGCCGCAGCAAAGCAGCGUGGGAGUCUGGCAUCAUGGCCAAGGAAGUGGUUCCUGUGAGCAUCCCUCAGAGAGGAAAACCAGACGUUGUUGUGAAGGAAGAUGAAGAAUAUAGAAAGGUUGACUUCAGCAAAGUCCCCAAACUGAAGACUGUGUUCCAGAAAGAGAACGGCACGGUGACGGCAGCCAACGCUAGUACGCUGAAUGAUGGAGCGGCUGCUCUCGUGCUCAUGACAGCAGAUGCGGCAAAGAGGCUCAAUGUCACACCGCUUGCAAAGAUUGUUGCUUUUGCUGAUGCUGCUGUCGCCCCCAUCGACUUCCCUAUCGCUCCAGCCUUUGCCGUCCCUAAGAUCCUGAAGGCUGCCGGUUUAAAGAAAGAAGACAUUGCCAUGUGGGAGAUCAAUGAAGCCUUCAGUGUCGUGGUGCUGGCCAACAUCAAGAUGUUAGACAUCGACCCCAACAAAGUCAAUAUCAACGGAGGAGCAGUUUCCCUCGGACAUCCAAUUGGAAUGUCAGGGGCAAGAAUCGUAGGACACAUGGUGCACAAUCUGAAAUCGGGACAGUACGGACUGGCCGGAAUCUGCAAUGGAGGAGGCGCCGCUUCCUCCAUUCUGAUCCAGAAGUAUUAGGACUUGAGAUUGCAAUUAAAUUCAUUACAGAAUUUGUGUAGGAUUUGGACUUUUGACCAGAUUCUUCAUGCAUAUAUCCUUAAUGUGAGUGUGCUCUCUUGUUCUCCCUCCAGAAAAGGUCACUCUUGUUUUUUAAUUAAAAUAGGGAAAAAAUGUAUCGAAGCUCAUACAAUACAAACUUCUCAAAUGGUAAUUUAUUCUGCGCACUCAUUGCAUAUAUCAUUACGUGGUGUCAUUCUCAAAAUAAUGGUAAUAAUGUUGUAAUGAAAGGGUUUCGAAUGUUACAAUCUGUUACUGCAAUAAAAGAGACUAUUGAUUGUU